AUGGCUGGCCAAGCCCCAGAUCUAGAUCCAGAAAAGCAUGCGCCUAGUGCGCUGGGGGAUGCGAAGAUAUCAGGAGCCGGUGAUAAUGGCUCCUCAUCGACAUUAGACGGCAACUUGAGCUUCAAAGCAACCAAGGAGACGGCAUCUCAUCCAGACUGCCAGCAUAGUUUGACCACCACCCAUAGCCGCAGCCACUCACGCUCACGCUCUUCUUCGCUUGAUACGGACCCCCUCUCCCCGCUCGAACAUGCCCUGGCGCGAGCUUCGUCGCUCCAAGAGACCGACUUGGCCAUCGCAGAAGCCGAGUCCCCCCCGGUCGACCUCGCUCACGCUCACACACGCACCUCCAUUACCUCUGCCGCCUCACGGCCUCCUGAUUUUGAGGUUACCCUCGAUCGAGACGACCCGGAGAACCCACGUAACUGGCAAAGAAAAAGGCCCCUAUGGUACCGUGCCUGGACCAUCUUUGUCGUGUCGUACGCCACCUGGGUCGUGGUGCUCUACAGCACGAGCUACACGGCCACGGUGCAGGGCAUUAUGGACGAGUUCGCCGUGUCCUCGCGAGCCCUGGCCACCCUGGGCCUCACGACCUACCUCCUCGGCCUCGCCGCGGGUUCCGUCGUCGUCGCCCCCAUGAGCGAACUCUACGGCCGUCGCAUCGUCUACCUGGCCUGCCUCGCCGUCUUUGUCGUCCUCAUCGUGCCCGCCGCCCUCGCGCGGUCGCUGACGGAGAUGGUGGUUGUCAGGUUCUUUGUAGCGCUUUUCGGAGCCGCCAUGAUUUCGAACGGGCCCGGGACAGUGGUUGACAUUGCGGACCCGGAGUACCUCGCGCUGUGCAUGUCGCUGUGGUCCGUGGCGCCGCUCAACGGUCCGACGACGGGACCCAUCAUUGGCGGAUUCGUGUACGAGUCGCUGGGCUGGCGCUGGGGCAACUGGCUGGCCAUGAUCCUCGGCGGCGUGGCCGCGCUCAUGCUCGCGACGGUCAAGGAGACGUACGCCCCGACCCUGCUCAAGCGCAAGGCCGCGCGCAUGCGACGCGAGACGGGCGACGACCGCUGGUGGUGCCGCUUCGACCAGAGGAUUUCGACGCUGCACCUCCUCAAGCUCAACCUCAGCCGGCCGUUUGUGCUUGCCGUCACCGAGCCGAUCCUGUGGUUUUUUAACACCUGGAUCUCCGUCAUCUACGGCAUCCUUUACCUCUGCUUCGUCGCCUACCCAAUCGUCUUCACCCAACACCGCGGCUGGUCGGUGGGCAUGUCCGGGCUGGCCUUCAUGGGGAUCGCCAUCGGAACCCUGCUAGCCAUCGGACUCGAACCCGUCUGGCGGCGACUCAUCAACCGCUCAAGCAAGCCACGCGAUCCCGACGACGACUCGGGCCGGCCCUCACCCGAGGCAACCGCACUGGUCAUGUGCGUCGGCGCUCUGCUGACCCCCGUAGGACAACUCAUCUUCAGCUGGACCUGCCUGCCCGCGUCCAUCCACCCGGCCGUGCCCAUCGGGCUCGCGGGGAUCCCCUUUGGCAUGGGCAACACGCUCUCCUUCAUCUACGGCUCCAACUACCUUGCGGGCGCCUACGGCAUCUACGCCGCCUCGGCCCUGGCGGGCAACGCCGUCAUCCGCUCCGCCAUCGGCGGCGCCCUGCCCCUCGCGGGCCCGGCCAUGUACGACGCCCUGUCGCCGCAGUGGGCGGGCACCCUGCUGGGCUUGCUCGAGGUGCUGCUGAUUCCCAUCCCCUUUGUGUUUUACCGCUACGGCGACCGGAUUCGUGCGCGGAGCCCCGUCAUCAGGCAGAUGCGUGAGGAGCAGAUGAGAAAUGAGCGGAGGCAGGCCAGAUUCGCGGCCAAGAGGGAGAGGGAUUCCGGGGGGAAGGGAUCAAAGGGAGGUGGUGUUGGUGUUAGGGAAGGGGCUGCUGGGACAUUGGGAGGAGCGGGUGCCCCGUUGCAGCCCCAGUUGUCUGCUCAAGGAGUGGGCAUACCUUGAUAAGUGUCAACCGGCAUACGGCGGUGCGCGGCCGUUUCUGCAUUUACCCACCAGCGGUUUGCAUAGCAGGGUAUAACGUGUAAAAGUCAUGGCCAGGUCUAUGAUGUAUGUACAAACAUAGAAUCGGUAAGACUCCAUCAUAUCCAUAGGUAAGCUGGGUAUGCAUAAGUACAGUACUGGUAUUCUUCCACAGCCGCCGAUCACUACCGAUAUUACUAGAAUAGCUG